AUGGAAUCAAGUGGGAAGCUUCUUGCAGCAGCAGCAGCGUUUGUGGAGAACAUUUCUGCUGUUGGUGUGUGUAGUAACGAGGGAUGCCUCAAUGCGUUUAAUCCCUCCGCGUUUAGCUUGCCGCUUAAAUUUAACGGUGGUGUUCCUGUUUUGCCACCAACUGCUGCGAGACUUGAGGCGGCGAUUGCGGCCGAAGUUUUCCCACUGGGGUUGAUAGGACGUCAAUUAUGCAGCUCCGUUACUCAACUUGGUUUUACGGUGAAGGAGUACGUCGCGAAGCUUUUCACCUCAGCUCAGCAUCAGUUUGGCUGCAGCCUGGAAACUCUCUUGCAUUCCCUUUGGAUUCUGGAGCGCAUCCAGACGAGAAACAUACUGGCCCAGCAAAAGGGUAUUAUUGCCUUGCGAAAUGGUUCUUAUUGCAGGUUUAGUGACGUAGAUAAUGACAUGUGGGCAGGCAAGGAUACAUCGGGCCUCAUUUUGACUGAAACCGGGGCAACUGUCCAUGACGGCAUAAAUGCUGAGGAAAUCCGCAGCGCUGCCCCUCUCGUCUCUUCCGUUUCAUCUGAAAUGCGCUCAGUGGGGCCCAUGUCGGAUGUUGGGGAUGACGACUCUCUCUGUACCGUGUGCACUGGAAGUCGUGUGUUCAGUCUACAGCCGUGGAACGUGCAGCUCUUUAUUGCUGCCUCGCUGCUACUCAGCAUAAAGGUUAAUGAGGAUGCAUUUGCGGAAGUGGAUGGUGAGAUGCUAACUCUUCAGUUUGGUACGAUGGCAGGGUGUGAAUUUAAAGCACUUCUUUGCGCCGAACGCUGUGUAUGCGAACUCAUAUGGGAUGAACUCCGAGUAACACGAAAGGGAAUAGAGAACGUCAUACGUCGCCUCGGAAUGCGACUCCCCGUCCUAUGA